CUCGAUAACAACCGAGCGGGGCGGCCCGUCCAUCGCCGCCAGUUGUUCCGUUCCGGUGCCCUCCCUGCUCCCCGGGACUCCUCGGUCCUCUCCCCCCUCUCCCCGCAGUCACGGCGGCGGUGGGUGUGUCGAUGCGGGCCGGAGCUGCCUCCAGUCGCUGCUUGUGAAAAGAGGAAAAAAGUUGGUGAUGAGUUCAGAGUAGCGGAGCAGCUAGCCGGGAUGGCGGUCUGGACCCGAGCCGAUAAGAACGGUCAACUGGACCUUCUGCUCCGGGACCGCUGGAUCCGAGUCUCCGCCGAACUCACCCGGGAAACGCUCACUUUGACGGCCGAGGCGGAGGCGGCCGCCCCGGGGGCCAACCACUGGGACUACAGCAACUCCCCGGCGGGCCUCAGAAACGGCAUCUCGAACGGAAACGAGCCGGGGGCGAGUCCGGGGAGCCGCGGUCCGGACCAGCUCCAGAACCAGAACCACGGGGGUCGGGGGCGCAGCGGCAGCCCGGGGCGAGGGGGUGUCAGCCGGGGUCAGUACGACGGCGGCUACGCUCUCAACAGCCCCGGAAAGUACCCGAAUAACGGCACCAGCUCCGACUUCGGAAGCCCCGGAUCCAGCUACGGCAGCCCGGGCUCCAGCUUCGGGUCGCGGCAGGGGGAGGACGGCUCCUCGGAGGCGGUGCGGAAGGUCCGGGUGGUGAAGCAGGAGUCUGGCGGGCUGGGGAUCAGUAUCAAGGGGGGCCGAGAGAACCGGAUGCCCAUCCUCAUCUCCAAGAUCUUCCCGGGGCUCGCCGCCGACCAGAGCCGGGCGCUGCGGGUGGGCGACGCGAUCCUGUCGGUGAACGGGAACGACCUCCGGGAGGCGACCCACGACCUGGCGGUGCAGGCGCUCAAGAAGGCUGGAAAAGAGGUGACCCUGGAGGUGAAGUACAUCCGUGAGGUGUCUCCGCUCUUCAAGAAGCCGUCCCUGGUGGCCGACCUGCCGUGGGACGGCUUCGUCCGUCCUCAGUCUCCCAGCUACAGCGGCAGCGACGACUCCGGAUCCCCCAAACACAGCAGCAGCUCCAAAGACAGGAAGGUGAUCAGCCUGAAGAUGUGCUUCAUCAGCAGGAACCUCACCAUGCCAGACCUGGAGAACAGGCUGCUGGAGCUUCACUCUCCAGACGGGCAGCACACCGUGGUGCUUCGCUGCAAAGACGGACCUUCAGCCAACUCGUGGUUCACCGCCGUCCACACCAACAUCGCCGCCCUGCUGCCCCAGACUCUGGCCCACAUCAACGCCUACCUGGGGGCCUCGUCCUCGGCCUCCACACACCCCCACCUCAAGCACAUCGGCUGGCUGGCCGAGCAGGUCCAGCUGGAAGGCGGUCGGCAGCAGUACCGGCCCGUCGUCAUGGCGCUGACGGAGAAAGACAUCCUGCUGUUUGAGUCGGUGCCGUGGAGCCGAGAGUCGUGGUCCGUCCCUCUGCUGACGCAUCCGCUGCUCGCCACCAGGCUGGUCCACUCCGGCAGUGCUCGAGGUUCUCCUGCUCAGGGUUCUGACCUGGUGUUCGCCACUCGGACCGGAACCGGCCGAGGCAUCGAGUCCCACAUCUUCCGAGUGGAAACCCACUGGGACCUGUCCUCAUGGACACGGGCCCUCGUUCAGGGGGCUCACGCCGCCGCCGAGCUCAUCAAAGAAGUGUCCAUCGGCUGCACGUUGAACCGGCAGGACGUCCGACUGACGCUGCACUACGAGAAAGGCUUCACGGUGACGAGGGAACCGGCCGAUCCAUCGGGGGGCGCCGUGCUCUUCAGAUACCCCUACGAGAAGCUCAAAAUGUCCGCCGACGACGGAAUACGCAACCUGUACCUUGACUUUGGAGGUCCAGAGGGAGAAAUGGUGUUUGACCUCCACUCGGGUCCAAAGCCGGUGGUGUUCGUCCUCCACUCCUUCCUGUCGGCCAAACUCACUCGGAUGGGCCUUCUGACGUGAAGCGAUCGACCGACGCCGGCAGCGAAAGGAUUUGAUUCCUCUUCUUGUUUUUCUUUAUUUUUUUAUCUCAUUUUUGUUCUCCAGUUCCUCCAUUCACAGCUGAAGCUUUGUCCCGAGGCGGCGCCACAGGGAAAGAUUAACCCAUCGUCGAUUGUCUCAGAAACGUGCCUUCUCUUCCAGCUUCUCCAAACAGGAAGGGGCACUGUGCUUCAAGUGUUAGAUAGCUGUUAACAACCUCACGACAUUCCAGAUUCUGAUCGCGAGACUGCAACGCCUCAAAGCGUUACCCAAACACGUCCAGGGAAGGCUUUUGUAGAUCCACAGACUUGUUACUCUGCCUAUCAUUCCACAGCAGCCUUCCAGUCCACUUCUUCAUGUCUCUGUUCGUCUGAGGAAGUCGCUGUUUUAGACGCUGAGCAGAGAAGAAGAAAGACCUCGAUGCUACUCGCUUCUGUCGGCUUCGAUAGUGUGCCUGCACAUUAUCCCAAACUACUGUCAGGAUGCCACCCGUGCCUUUUUCAACGUGUAGUAAAAGACUCUCUUUGUAACGUUUUUCCUGUUUUUGUUUUUCUUUUUGUAAUGUCACACAAUAAGAGGAUUUUACGCUUUGGACAUGCACAAGCAAUAGUAUUACUCUUAUAGUGUAAACCAUGUUACUACGUUUGUUUUUUUUAACUGUAUAUCUCUUCAUAGCAUGAACUUUCUGACCAGAUGAUGAUAUAUGACAUGUUACCUCCCGUCGUCACCCACACUACCACCGCAGUCGCCUCGCUUCCCUUUGCUUGAGAUUACGCAUCACAGCGGUAAAGAUGUAUGCUAGUAACAUCUCUCUGCUCGCUUUUUUCAGUCGUUUGCUUCAAAAACAGGAAAAUUAAUCGUCUUAGUUUCAUAUUUUAGUCUUUUUAACCCUCUGAACUCCUGGUCAAUUUGGUUCCUGUCACAUUUUUCUUCACUGCGGGUUCAUUUUUCACUUAAAUACAAAAUCCUGCACCUCUAUGGAAACAGAACAACCAAGAGUCAAAAGAAAAAUAACCCAAAAAUGUCUUCUGUGAAGUUUGACACGGUUAUGACAGAAAUCCCUCUAAAAACAUCUUAAAUUUUUUUCCUGAUUAUUAAUUUGCAAAAAGUAGCAAUUUAAUAAUAAUAAGUUCCCCCAAAUAAUACCAAUAAUGGAAAAGAAACGAGGCUCUAUAUCUCAACAAAUUAGGUGUUUUUGUCUAGAAAGAUGUUUCUCCAUGCUGAAUGUAUCUCCACCAGUUUGCUCCUCUGUUCACUGUUUCUGAGCCAUGCUGCAUUUACCGGAUUAUUACUUUUGCAAAAUUGAAAAGAAUUGGAAUAGUAAUGUACAAUAUUUUUUCACAUAGCCACAAUUAUUCCCAGUACUAGAAAAUAAAUGUUAGCUUUACAUUUUAGAUAUUUUAUUUUAAUUUUUUAAUUCAUUUAUAUACUUGUUUCUUCUCCACUCUGUAAACACUGCCUGCAGUUCAGCUGAAAACUGAAUUUUUGCCACACGACUGUUGGUCUCAGCUGAGUCGCUAAUGGCUUCACAGUUACAUUAAGGAUCACAGAAUUUUUUGUUUUUGUUUUUUUGUUUUUUUUUUACAAAAUCUGAUUACAACAAACUGUUUAUUUUUGGCAAUUUUUAAAAAUGUGACAUGUAGAAUUCAUUUUCCAACUGCAUGAGUCGUUCAAGAACCAUCGGAAAGUGGAAAACCUUACAAUUUUUUCAGUUUUUGGCUCUGAUAAAUUCUCUUAUUUUGACAUUUUUUUGUGAUGAAAACAGCAUGCCAUUGAAAUCUUCUACUUUUUGGGGUUCAGAGGGUUAAAUAAUAUUUUUCUCCUAAAUAAUCAACAAACAAAAAUUGUCAGGCAGUAAAUAAGUGUCCGAUUUCAUUCCACUGCAGGUAGGACUUAUUUCCAUCAAAUAAAUUUGAAGUUAUCAUUACAGUAUAUUCACUAUAAAAUUAACCUUGAAACUAUUUAAGAAGGCUCAGAUUUAAGCCUGUGUAGGUUUAUAUAUAAACAGUUGAAACUAGUUUGUCCUUAAAGUCACCUCAUGUAGGAGGUGUAGUCCCAGAAAUCUUGAGAAAUCAGAGAAAAUAUUCACAUAAAUGACUUUAUUCUGGAGCUUUCAGCCACAUCUCACUGUCUUCAUCACAGCUGAGGAAGUGUUUGUAGUUUCUACAAAUAUAUUUUUUAAUUUUAAUCCUGAUUGUGAAUCUCUCUCAUUGCUGAUAAAUGAAACCUCAACUGAAAAUGCUACAUGCUAAGUUUGGACAAGCUUAUCGGCUCAAAUUAAAUGUUUUUUUUUUUCCAUUUUGAGCUUUCUUUUUCCAGUUGAAAUAAUUAGCAGACUUAAUAAAUGUUUCAUUAAAUGUAAUAUAUGUGCUUAAAUAUUUAAUUUAAAUGCUCUUAAACACAGUAAACCACAUCAAUUCCUCUGUAUUCAGUGGCUACAAAAUGCAAGCUUAUCGCUAAUCCUGGCUAGUUAGCCUUCAGCAAGACAAUUUAAUCCUGUGUUACUUUUAUUUCUCUAAUAGAUAAGAUUUAGCUGUUUAUUUAGGUGCUUAUUUAUGUGGUUGAACAAAUUCAACUGAUUGUGCUGUAGUGUUAAAAUCAAGUUUCCAAAACUUAAAAACUGGAGAAAACUGGCUAAAUUAGCAUAAGCUAACGGCGCUAACAGCUAGCCUAAACUAGCUGCAGCCAUUUGGUUUUUAGCUCGACUUUUUUAGGUCUUAUUCAUGUUUUUUUUUUACCCCAAAUACUUACAUUUCUACCAAAUAACACUUUAUAUGAUAAGAUAAAAUGCAGAAACAGUAUUUUAUAGUAAUUUAAUUAUAUAUAUAUUAGAAUAUAUUAUAUAUUAAAAUUUUCUGAUUCCUAACUAGAGCAGUAAACUAAUGUUUAAAAGGUUUAUGAGGGAUUGAAAGCAUUAGCAUCUCCACAAUGCAAAUGUAUUUGUAGUAUAUCAAUAAAAGAUUAAAUAUUUGCAUAUUUGUGGCAUUUUAAAGGAAAUAACUGCUUCUGGUAGAUAAAAACACAAUAAGGAGAAUUUAUAUGCUAACAAUAUGUGUGUCCUUUACACUUCUGAAAAAAGCACAAAAUUACAUAUCUGUUGUCAAAUUUUCAUAAAUAAAUGCAAAUAGGAAGAUAUUCUGAAUUCUAAAUGUGAUUAUUGACAUAGAACUAUUUUAAAGUUAUUUUUCAGCAAUUUGAUUAAAAAGCACAUUUAUUUUUUGUAAUCUGACUCAUGAAGAAGCUCAGUUUCUUGAUGAAGACACUGAAAUAAGGUUGAAAGCUCUGGAAAAGCUCUGUUAUUCCCUGAAUAAUGAACAUUUACACUUGACUUUUGAGCUAUCUGAACCCUAAAUCAGUCUUCUGACGUCAUUAAAUUGACGUGAAAUCGAUGUUAUUAGCGUGAUUAACUAAUUCUGCCUUUAGCUCAGCUGCCCGAGCAGGGAUUUGAGUCCAGUAAACACAUUUUCAUCACCUUCAGCUGUUUCUUGUUGCUAAACUUUCCUUCAGUGGAGCCUCUGUGUUCUGUUGGACCUCAGAACAAAGAGUCUUUGUGUCCACCCAGAACCAGAUAACCCGUCUGUCCUCGGAUCAGGAACUCGGCAGGGUCGACCUCAGUUCUGUUUUAAACUUCCUUGUGAUUGUUUGAGCAGAAGUUGUUUUUUUUUUUUUUUAAAUCAAAGUGGAAAUACAACAUUUAGUUCCUAUUUCAGGUCAUUUCAUCGCAGUAAGUGAUGCAAAGCAGAAGUAGAGUUUGUUUCGCUUUAACCCUCUGAACACCAAACAGUUAUGUUUUGUAAAGUUGAAUUUUUUUGUUGUUAAUUUACAGUUUUAAAAAAAAAAAAAAAAAAAAAAAUGGAACCAACAUUCCCAACAUUUUUUAGGUGUCCACAGGUGUUACCAAAAUUCAGAAAAAAAACUCAUGCUGUAGAUAUUUAGUAUUUCCAUUUUUACAGCCUCUACAAGCUUUUUUUCACUACUUUGCAUGUAAACUCUUCAUGUUUCUCCAUGCUGAAUGUAUCUCCAACAAUUUGCUCCUCUGUUCACUGUUUCUGAGCCAUGCUGACUUUAUUUUAUUGAUCACAACUAAAACAAACAGUGGCUCUACAUUCUGUAGAUAUUUUACCACUAGACAUGCAGGACUUUUGUUUUUUUGUUGUUUUUUUGCUUCUCUCUGCUCUAAUACCAAAGCUGAGUUACAAAAUUUUUGCCAAGUCACUGUUGGUCACUGCCGAGUCACUAAUGGCUUCACGGUUACGGUAAGGAUCGCAGAUUUUUUUUGUUUUUUACAGAAUCUGGUUAAAGCAAACUGUUUAUUUUUUAGCAUUUUUUGGUCAUUUUGCUGUCAGAUUCAAGCUUAGAUUUGUUUAAUUUUACCAAUAGAACUGCUUGAGUAGUUCAAUGACUGGCGGAAAGUGGAAAAUUGUAAAAAAAAAAAAAGAAGUUUUUUUCAGUUUUUGGUGGUGAUAAAUCAUCCUUUUUCGGGAUUUUUUUUGGGUGAUUAAAACAGCAUGCCUUUUGACACAUUACUUUUUUCCCCUUAUUUUGCUCUACUCUGCUCUAAAAAUAAAGCAGAGUCGCAGAAUUUUUUGCCACGUCACUGUUGAUCACAGCCCGAUCAUUUGUGGCUUUUUGGUUCCGCUGACAAACGCACAAUUUUUUGCUUUUGACAGAAUCUGAUUGUUAUAAACGAUUCAUUUUUUUUUUUUUUUUUAGCAAUUUUCAGAUCACAUUUAAGGUACAUUUCAACACUGAGCAGCUCAUUAGGCUUGUUGUGUUCAAAGGCUGUUGGAAAGCUGUAAAUCUGUAGUGUGUUUUUUAGGUUUCUGGCUCUUCAAUUGUGCUAUUUUGGUGAAACAGAAAGCACUUUUCAAGUCAAGGUUUCGGGGUUCAGAGGGUUAAAACGCUCAUAUUUGUUUAGUUCCUGCCAUCAUUUGAAGCAAUACUGAAUUAUUAAAGCUGCAGGCCGUCCCUCCUGAAUGCACUCACCUGUCGGCCCGUCUCACCUGUGAAUGUACUUCCUGCUUCCUCCUCCUCUUCUUCUUCUUCUUCUUCUUCUCUCCCGUCUAUGCAACGCUUCAAACAUGAGGUUUCUGGAACCAAAGUUAAAUCUGUGGCAGCUUGCGUCCGACACAAUCAUGAAACUGAACGAGAGGAAAACGUGCUGCUGCAAUGAACCGUCAUUAUGCAAAGUAUUGUAGACUCCUUCAGUAAACUGUAUGAUACCAUGUAGUAAUCUCAUGUAAAUACCAAUUAAACUCUUAUGAAGUACA